UGCAUUUCUCAAGUCUAUGGACGACAAGUGUAGCACCGAGUACUGCGUAUUUUUGUGGUCGGUCUGUGUUGUAAAUCAAAAUACGUUUUUGUCGAGAGUGUAAAUUACAAGCUGAAGAAGUACGUAAUUCGGAUAAAAGGUCAAAGUACGGAGAAUCCGUGGGUCAUGAUAGAUUAUCUCGAUAUCACGUACAUGCCACAGAAUCGCUCUAAAUCGUAUCGCUGAGACACUAAUUGCUUUUUUCCGAACUUUCGACACGUAUUUCCUUAGAUAUAAUAAACAAUGGCGCACUCUCACAAUGAUACUCAUGCAUGCUGCCAAACCAACUCCAGUGUCCACCAGACUUUGGAUGAGAUGGUGUUCGAACGUGGGCUUUGGCGAGCAGCGUUGGAGGGCGACGUGGAACGCGUGGAGAUGUUGCUGAAGCGGGGCCACGAUGCCAGGGCAGAAGACUCCGCUGGCUACACACCGUUGCACUACGCCGCCCGAAACGGACAUUAUCGAGUAUGCGAAAUCCUGUUGCAACAUGGCGCAGAUGUGGACGCGACUACUCCUUCUCUCAAGUCGACAUCUUUGCACCGUGCGGCUAUACAAGGUCAUGCUGCGACUGUCGAGACGUUGCUGCGCCACGGUGCGAACGCAAAUCUCAGGGACACGGAUGGCAAAACGGCCCUGCACCGAGCUAUCUCGGAGCACGCCAGUUCGGUCGAGACACUUCAAAACAGCCAGUUCUCGAACAUUUGCACGUUGCUGCUACCGCGCACCGACCUCAACAUCAAAGAUAACUCUGGACAAACUCCAAAGGAACUGAUCUCCGAGGCGUACAACGAAACGUUAAACAAAUUCCAGGAGGAUGUAGUGAAAAGUUCGUUCUUCGGGACGACGUGGAUAACGCAGAAGGAGAAGAUGGAAAAUACAUUAAAUGAGUUGAACAGCAACCUAUUACUUUCGGAUGAAGAGGAUCAGUUGGUGCAGACAAGUUAAUACGAAUAUAGCGAAAAGAAAUUAGGGAAAUAAGAAAAAUUGAAAUUUGCUGAAA